AUUACAAAAUGUUAACAUUAGAAAAAAAAUAGGAUUUGCACUAUGCGAACGCAACCCAUUUGUAAACAUUAGGUAACUCAUGUUUUCUCGGCCGCAGCAUUACAUAGCCCCCUCGAAAUGUUCAAACUUUACCGAAUAGCAGGAGUUUUGUGCAGAGACCUAAGGAUAAAUAAGAUAUGUGAUUCCCUAUGUCGUUCCCAGUAUGUGGAGAACAGAGUGGGCGCUAAUAAUACCAAUGUGUUGUACCGGACUCUGCAUUACUAUACAUGUAAAAGUACUUCGACCCUCCUCAGGAUACUCACCCCAAGCGGGAGUCAGCCAUUGACAUUGUCAUCUACUAAAGUAUUUAAUACCCAGGCAUAUUUGACGAGGGGGAUCCAUCACAGUCAGAAGACCUUCAAUAAUGGCUUGGGCAGCAAGCCCAUGAGUCAAGGUACAAAAUCGACUUUAUACUACAUUGCUGCAGUGGGAGUUUUAGCACUUGGUCUAAGUUAUGCAGCAGUUCCACUCUACAGAAUAUUUUGUCAGGCAUACAGCUAUGGAGGAACCACCCAACAAGGUCAUGAUGCUGAAAAGGUUGAAUCCAUGCAGAAAAGAGAAGAUCGUAUCCUAAGAAUUCGCUUUAAUGCAGACACAGCAGCUUCUAUGACAUGGAAUUUUAAACCACAGCAGAGCGAAAUAAAGGUCGCUCCAGGGGAAACAGCUUUAGCUUUCUACACUGCAAGAAAUCCUACAGAUCGUCCAGUCAUCGGUGUCUCCACCUACAAUGUUAUUCCUUUUGAUGCUGGUCUUUACUUUAAUAAAAUACAAUGUUUCUGCUUUGAAGAGCAGUUACUCAACCCCCACGAAGAGGUACACAUGCCUGUGUUCUUCUACAUAGACCCAGAGUUUGCAGAUGAUCCCAAAAUGGAGGGUCUCGACACAUUGACUUUAUCCUAUACCUUCUUUGAAGCACGUGAAGGUGUGCCACUACCAAUCCCGAAUUUUGCAAGAAAAUAGUUUCUUAAUUUUAUAUCAUUAUUUUAUUAUUAUUAUUAUUAUUAUUAUUAUUAUUAUUAUUAUUAUUA